CCCAUUUAAAGAACUGAUUUCAAGAAACAACGGAAGCACCUGCAAAUGGCAGACGUAUUCUCGACAACAAAUAAUGCUCUCCAAUCUGGAAAAGGACAUGGAAGGAGAAUUAACAAACGAUCAGCUUGACUUUUCUCAACCAUGGCAUCUCAGCGAUGUAGUUUUGAAGGUGGAAGAGGAAAGAUUUCACGUUCACCGAAGUAUCUUGGCGAUGUGGUCACCAGAUUUUUCGAAAAUGUUUACUUCAGAGUUCAGCGAGAAAACAGCUGACGAAGUGCUACUUCCAGGGAAGAAUGUGAGCGAGAUAAGAGAGAUGCUGUUGGUUAUUUACCCAACUUCUGCCAAAGAGAUCGAUGACAAGAACUACUCGUUCCUGCUGAAUCUUGCAAGGGAAUAUAUGAUGAAGAAGCUCACCGAGAAAUGCGAAGGGUUCCUGAUGGAUGAGUUAAGUUAUCCAAGAUAUAACUCAUACCAGUGCUUAGAUCUUUUAGUUACUGCACAGUCAUACAACCUGGAGAGGUUACAAGAGGAGUGCAUCAUCAAGGCACGAGAACUCAACUGCAGGGACCUCAAGGAGUGCCAAGAAACCGUGGAUAAAAUCAGCUCGCCUAAUUAUCAGAAAGUGGUCGACGGAAUUAUGCAACGAAUGCAAGUAGAAAUUCAGUCACUGCGUUCUAAAAAUUGCCAGGCAAGGGGAGUACUGGAAAGCAUCGAACGUUCUGCCUCAAGAGCUUCAGAAGAAUUUGAAGAAAUAAUGUCUCUUCUUGUACAAGUUGCUCGUGACUCACCAAGAGAUCAUUACCGAAGGAUACGACUGAAUAAUUUUGAUGAUAAGAUAAAUGUUAUUUGUUCUCAUUCAAAAGCUGGGUUCAUGUAUUUUCAAGGUCCUUUGAGAGAACUGAAGUCUUCGCUUGAAAGCAUUAGUCGUUCCGUUACAUCACAAGAGAAAGUAUGAUUAUGAAGGUGGACUUCAAUAUUUAACAAUUAUACGCACUGCUCUGAUGAGCCCCAGAAGGCCGAAACCGUACUGU